AUUCGCGCCUGCCGUGCCGACCCCUGUUUGGAAGGCAAAAAAAAGAGGGAGAAAAUAUCCCCAAACCCUAAAGCUCGGUGCUCACCAUCCCGCCCCCAAACUCUAGGGUUUAACUUCCGCGUUCUCUUCACGCGACUCUCGCAGUCGCUGAUCCGGUCAACCGAGUCCACACUCUAGGGGUGGUGUUGGGCUGGCGACGAGGGAGGACGAGCAAAGGGGCGGAUGCAGACGGAGGCGGGGGUUGGGAUGGCCGCCGCAACUAUGGACGGCGCUACGGCUGCGGCCGCACGGAGGUACUCGACUCAGCAGCAACAGCCGCAGCCGCAGGUGCACCGCCACCAGCCGCAGCUCGGAACGACGCUUCAUCUCCUCGCCGGCGGCGUCGCUGGCGCCGUCAGCAAGACCUGCACCGCGCCGCUCGCCCGCCUCACCAUUCUCUUCCAGGUGCAAGGAAUGCAUUCAGAUGUAGCUACCAUGCGCAAUACUAGCAUAUGGCGUGAGGCAUCCCGCAUUGUGUAUGAAGAAGGUUUUCGAGCGUUCUGGAAAGGAAAUCUUGUAACAAUUGCACACCGUUUACCUUACUCCUCAAUUAGUUUCUAUACAUAUGAGAGAUAUAAAGAUUGGCUUCAGAUGAUACCUGGUCUCAACAACAAUGGUGGAUUUGGUGCCGAUGUUGGUGUCAGAAUGGUGGGUGGUGGUUUGUCUGGAAUAACAGCAGCUUCUUUGACAUAUCCACUGGACUUGGUACGGACACGCCUGGCUGCUCAGACGAACACGGUUUACUACAGGGGCAUAUCUCAUGCUCUUUUUGCGAUCUGCAGAGACGAGGGUCCCAGGGGUCUGUACAAGGGGCUUGGUGCAACUUUACUCGGAGUAGGCCCCAGCAUAGCAAUAAGCUUCUCUGUGUAUGAAACUCUACGAUCCCAUUGGCUACUAGAGAGGCCAUGUGAUUCCCCUGUCUUGAUCAGUUUGGCUUGUGGAAGUCUUUCAGGAGUUGCAUCAUCUACUAUUACAUUUCCGUUGGAUCUUGUAAGACGCCGCAAGCAGUUGGAAGGUGCAGCUGGGAGGGCCAAUGUCUACAAGACCGGACUAUUUGGAACGUUUGGGCAUAUUAUCCGGACAGAAGGUUAUAGAGGAUUGUAUAGAGGGAUCUUGCCCGAGUACUGCAAAGUGGUUCCCAGCGUCGGCCUCAUUUUCAUGACCUAUGAGACACUGAAAUCCAUUUUCACAGGAGGGGCAUCAGCUGAAUAGAUCUUCAGUGUCUGACUGAGCUUGUCAGUUUUGAUAUUUGUCUCAAAAUAGUGUCCGAGGCUGAUUAGGGAGGGACGGAGACAGAGAGAUGAGUUUGUAGCAUAUAAUAGGAUUUAGGUGGUGCGAAGUUUUGGAGUUCAUAACUUUGUGUCCUCAAAGAAUAGUAACUGCCGUAGGUCUUACAAAAUUUUGCUGAUCACUCCCGUUAUGUGUAUGUUAACUUUUGUCAGCUUGUAAUGGUGCAUGCAGUCAUUGUCUCCGGCAUGAUACCUCUGGAAUACGGCCUCUGGUAUGAUUUAUGUGAAGUGACAAGUGAGCUCUUGUGACUAUGAGUUUGGUUGUAUGAAUGUGAAUAGUCUAGCUUGCAAUUGUACGCAAAGAUCAUUAAAACAAA